UAUACCUUUCCGUCUGGGAGAGCCUCGGGGACCCCUGCCGCUGUUCAUCUUUGGGGGAGAGAGUUCCCAGACGGUUCUCGGACAGUUUUCCAUUUGAAUAGCCCCACACACACACACAGCCAGCCUGAAUGAGGGUGAGAAGAAGCGCAGGGGAAGAGAGUCGCUGCAUAUGAUUGUGUCCGAGAGGGUCCGGGCAGCACUGAUCUUUUUAGGUGCGCCCAAGCCCCGCUGUAGGCGCUGCGCGAUAUGGUGAAACUCUACAGAAGAGGGAGAAAGGGACACUACUUUUAAAAUCGCCCACAUGCACUGGAUCAAUUGCUGGAUUUGGGAACCGAAUACGCAGAAGGGGGGUUGGGGAUCCGUGGAGGCUGCCGGAGGAUGGAGCGGUGUAGCCGGGGUUGGUGAGAGCCUAACUUCGGGCCACUUUACAUUUCUUAUUCCUAAACAACUCGCCCCUGUUCCCAGGACACAUGCAGGCCAAAAAACGCUACCUGAUCCUGCUCUCAGCCGGUGCAUGUCUAGUGCUUCUCUUCUACCUCGGAGGGGUUCAACUUCCAGCGGCGAGCAGGAGCCGGCAUGACCGCAGCCGAAAUGGGUACCGGCCCGACCAGCCCUGGCCUCACUUCUCGGACCCUUUACACCCUUUCGUGCCCUGGGAUCAGACGGAGACCGAGGAGUACAACCUGCACAUAUCCCCGAGGCAGAAGAGGGACGUCAACACGAGUGUUUACAAAGGCAAACGGUGCCGCAUGGAUUCAUGCUUUGAUUUCUCUCUGUGUCAGAAGAACGGAUUCAAAGUUUAUGUUUACCCGCAGCAGAAGGGGGAGAAGAUCUCAGAGAGUUAUCAGAAUAUUUUAUCCACCAUUGAGGGGUCGAGGUUUUACACCUCAGACCCCGGACAGGCGUGUCUCUUCGUCUUGAGUCUGGACACUCUGGACCGGGACCAGCUGUCCCCGCAAUACGUCCACAACCUGAAGACCAAGGUCCAGAACCUGCCCCUGUGGAACGACGGCAGGAACCACCUCAUAUUUAACUUGUACUCGGGGACGUGGCCGGACUAUACGGAAGACUUGGGCUUUGACAUCGGUCAAGCCAUGUUGGCCAAAGCCAGCAUCAGCACCGAGAACUUCAGGCCCAACUUCGACGUGUCCAUACCCCUCUUCUCCAAGGAGCAUCCGAGGACCGGCGGAGAGAGGGGGUACCUCAAGUACAACUCCAUCCCGCCUUUUAGAAAGUACAUGCUGGUGUUCAAGGGGAAGCGCUACCUGACCGGUAUCGGCUCGGACACCAGGAAUGCCUUAUAUCACGUCCACAACGCCGAGGAUGUGGUGCUGCUCACCACCUGCAAGCAUGGCAAAGACUGGCAGAAGCACAAGGACGCGCGCUGUGACAAGGACAACGCAGAGUAUGACAAGUACGACUACAAGGAGAUGCUCCACAACUCCACCUUCUGUUUGGUGCCCCGUGGCAGACGACUGGGCUCCUUUCGCUUCCUUGAGGCACUGCAGGCUGCGUGUGUGCCGGUGAUGCUGAGUAACGGUUGGGAGCUGCCUUUCUCCGAGAUCAUCGACUGGAACACAGCCGCAGUCAUCGGCGACGAGAGGCUCCUGCUGCAGAUUCCAACCACGGUGCGCUCCAUCCACCAGGAUAAGAUCCUGUCCCUCAGACAGCAGACUCAGUUCCUCUGGGAGGCCUACUUCUCCUCUGUGGAAAAGAUAGUGCUGACCACACUGGAGAUCAUCCAGGACCGUGUGCUGGAGCACGGCUCCAGGAGCAGCCUGAUGUGGAACAGCCACCCUGGGGGACUCUUCGCUCUGCCGCAGUACUCUGGAUACCUGGGAGACUUCCCUUUCUACUACGCCACACUGGGCAUUAAACCGUACCCCAAGUUCACAGCGGUCAUCCACGCCGUCUCCCCUCUGGUGUCCCAGUCCCAGCCCAUACUCAAGCUCCUGGCAGCUGUGGCCAAGUCCCAGUACUGUGCACAGAUCAUUGUCCUGUGGAACUGUGACAAGCCUCUCCCUGCAAAGCACCGCUGGCCUGCCACCACAGUGCCCGUCAUCGUCAUUGAGGGAGAGAACAAGGUGAUGAGCAGCCGCUUCUUGCCCUACGAGACCAUAGUGACCGACGCAGUCCUCAGCCUGGAUGAAGACACAGUGUUGUCCACCACAGAGGUGGACUUUGCCUUCACUGUCUGGCAGAGUUUCCCAGAGCGCAUCGUUGGUUACCCUGCCCGCAGCCACUUCUGGGACAGCAACAAAGAGCGCUGGGGCUACACAUCCAAAUGGACCAAUGAUUAUUCGAUGGUGCUGACCGGCGCCGCCAUCUACCACAGGUAUUACCAUUACCUAUACACCAACUACUUGCCCACUAGUCUGAAGAGCAUGGUGGACCAGUUGGCCAACUGUGAGGACAUCCUGAUGAACUUCCUUGUCUCGGCUGUCACCAAACUGCCGCCCAUUAAGGUCACACAGAAGAAACAGUAUAAGGAGACUAUGAUGGGACAGUCUUCGAGGGCAUCUCGCUGGGCCGAUCCAGACCACUUUGCCCAGCGACAGACCUGCAUGAACAAAUUCGCCAGCUGGUUUGGCGCCAUGCCACUGGUCCACUCCCAGAUGAGACUGGACCCCGUCCUGUUCAAGGACCAGGUCUCCAUCCUCCGCAAGAAAUACAGGGACAUCGAGAGGCUCUGACAGGACCGGCGCCCCCUUGGGGGAGACCCCACACAGGGGGAGGUGCGAGAGACUGACUCAGUGGAGAGUAGAAGGAGUAGUAGGACUACAGCAGGAUGGACAGGGAGCGACACAGCUCUUUCUUCCACUCAGCACAUUGCCAAUGACCACAGCGCCGCUGCUGCCAGGACUUGACGCGGGAAGGGAUGAAUAGGAAACAAGCAGAUGGCGUUUGGAUUUGAAAAACACAAACAAAAAACGCAAACACAGACAGACAAAGAGGAGUACACAAACUGAUGGACAAGCCAAACAGUACUGUAUGUUUCGCAAAUGUGCAAACACACAGCACACACUACUGACGACGAGAACUCUUGAAUAGAAUAUUUUUUUGUACAACACGAACAAGGACGACAUUGACUUUCCUGCUCUUUCGGCACAUGUACAGGACGGUAGAAGAGGGAAGGUGUCCAUGAUCGCAAACCUGGCAACCCCGCCCAACACAAAUCCUACUGGUCGCCCCUAGCAACCCCAGUCUGCAUCAGGACAUAAUAACUGGACUCACUACCAAAACCCUUGCUUUAUAGCCUGGGAAACCCUGUUCUUUAGUUGCUUUGAUUUCAUUGUACAAAUCAGCUCUCUGUAACACUGUCAACCCUUUUUCCUCGCUCCGAUGUUUUUUAAAUCGGAGCAUCAUCAGUUUUUAAUAUUUUCUUUUCUGAGACAGAAAAGGUUAACAGCAGUGUCCAACCUGUUAUUACAAGGUUUUCAUUGAAAAGAAGCCAUUAUCUCCUGAUAUUCUCGACUAUCGACACACAUCCUUGAGCCUCAAGUCUGAAAACAUCCUGUCUGUCCUAUCCUUGGCUCAUUCCUUGAUGUGCUGAUAUGGCUUUUAUAAUGGUCUAUUUGCUUCCCUGUUAUCACUAAGAUAAGUUAGAAAAACAUCUCGUUUCAUAUCCCAUUUUCCUCUCAUACUCACCAUGGCAUUUGUACUUUUUCUUAUCUUUUUUUUUUCCACUUGCUUUCAUCAUCUUUUCUUUACCCCUUCAAACUCUCUACUUUCACUCUUCUUUGUGCGUAUGUGUGUGUGUGUUGUGUGUACAGAGCCUUGAAAAGUUGGCUCAUCCAACCAUAAGCUCAAGCAGAGUACAUUUUCCCUCCGUUGGAAUGAGCGAAAUGAACAUUUCUGGAUGAAAUGG